AUGCCGUUCGAUCCGCGCACAAAGUCGCGCCACACCACAGCGCUUCCCGCUGCACUGCGCGACGAGCUCGGCCUGCCACCGCCCUCCAAGCGUUCCUUCCGUCCCCACCACCGCGGCGGUCCUUCCAACGCGUCAUCAGCACACUCUAGAGGAAAGCCACAGCUCAAAGCAAUCGGUCGUCCCCAAAGCGCACUGAACGGUGCGGCCAAGGGCACGCCUCGUGGACCCAUCAAGUCGCUGCGUAAUCAGGAGAAGGAAGCCCAAGAGCAACAGCAACAGCAUCGCCACGGCAAGCAACCUGCUCUCCAGAAUGCACCCAACAACCGCGCUACCGAGGCAUCCUCGUCGUCCACACCGGUGCCCAAGCGCAAGCCCGAGAAGCAACCGGAGCAGCCGCUCAAGGUCAUUAAGAAGCACAAGAGCGAUACCCCCUCUCAGCGAUCCGGAAGCGAAAGCAGCAAGCCACACAAGACGCGCCUCAACCCCUUCACCGGCGAGAUGGAGCGUGUGCAGCCAGCCAAGACCAAGGCUAGCGCAUCCAAGCAGACGGCGCUGCAGAAGAUGCUCGCGCGCGCCGAAGCCGGUCCGUCGUCUUCCAAGGGCAAGGCCAAGGCGAGCGACGAUGCGGGCGCAAAGAAGAAGAGCCGACGCAACAUGAACCAGCAGGAGAAGGAGGAGGAGGACGAGAUCAGGUGGCUCGAGUACCAGCUCGGAAAGAGCCGACAGGGCGAUGAUGUCGUGCGCGACGACCUCGACGACUUCCUCGACGAUCUUGAUCGCUUCCAGGUCGGCAUGUACGACCACAGCGACAGCGAAGAUGAUGAUGAGGAGCAAGACGAAAGCGACGACUCGGGGCUCGAGACCGCGAGCGAGCAAGAGAGCGAUAAACAGGAAGAAGACGAUCAAGAUGCGGACGAGACAGGCGAGAGCGAGGACGACAAGGAAGACCUCGACGACGAAGCCGUGUACGACUUUGACUCGAACGACGAGGAUGAUUUCAGCAACUGGGAUGCUGCCAUGGCCACCACCGAUGAGGAAGACCAGGAGCAGGAUCAGGACGACGAGCCGUCUUCUGACGAGGCAGACGCCGACUCAGAGGCAGAAGAGGCACGCGCCUUGAUCUCGGGCACAUCCCCCACCGCCGACCCAUCUAGAUCGUCUUCUGCAUCAGCUCCCGCCGCCCCUACAGCGACCAGCGCAUCUUCCACAAGGUACAUCCCGCCUGCCCUGCGAGCAAAGCUGGCGGCGGAAGAAGGCGCCUCCUCGACCUCCUCCGCCAAGGUAUCGCAGGGGGUCGACGCCGAGAUGGACCCGGUCGCAGCGCAAAAACUGCGUCGCCAGGCGCAGGGUCUGCUCAACCGCCUCGGCGACGGCAACAUCGACACGAUCGUCACCGAGUACGAAGCGCUCUACCGCACGCACGCGCGCGCCCACGUCACCGCGACCGUGACGCAGCUCAUCCUCGACACGGUCACGUCGCGCUCGAACCUCAUCGACACCUUUGUCAUCCUGCACGCCGCGCUCGUCGCGGCGCUGCACAAGGUGGUGGGCGUCGAGUUUGCAGCGUACUUCAUCCAGCGUCUCGUCGAAGAUCUCACGCGCCACUACGACGAGCUCAAGCGCUCUUCCAACCAGCCGCCAGCGGCAGGCGAGGAGGAGGAUGUCAAGGGUAAAGAGUGCCUCAACCUGUGCGUUCUUGCGUGCGAGCUGUACAACUUGCACGUGGUGGCGUGUCCGCUCGUCUACGAUCUCAUCCGCAUGUUCCUCGGCGAUCGCCCCGAAGAUUCGUCCGCGACUGCGGAGGUUGGCGUGGGCGAGGUGGACAUCGAGCUGCUGCUGCGCACGAUGCGGUCGUGCGGCCACCAGCUGAGGCACGACGACCCUACGUCGCUCAAGGCGAUCAUUGCGCUCACGCAGACGCGCGUCGCCGCCUCGCCAGCCGCCCUCUCCACACGCACCAAGUUCAUGCUCGAGCGUAUGGUGGAGCUGCAAAAGUCCAAAGCCAAGGGUUCGAGCGCCGAGGCGGCGAAUCCCAACAGUGCGGCGGGGCAGCUGCUUGCGCGCAUGAAGAAGUUCCUCGGCGGCAUGGCCAAGAAGCGCAGCGUGCGCAGCCACGAGCCGCUGCGCAUCUCACUCAAGGACCUGCGCGAUGCGGACAAGAAGGGCAAGUGGUGGCUCGUGGGUGCAGCCUGGACGGGCCAGACGGACCAGACCGAUGCACAGGGGCUCACCAAGCUGCUUCCCAUGAGCGCUCGCUCUGACUUCAUCCAAUCCUCCUCCACCCAGGCCACCAUUGACUCGGAGCAGAGCGAGCUGCUCGACCUCGCCCGAGCGCAGGGGAUGAACACCGACGCGCGCCGCACCGUCUUCGUCACACUGCUCACCGCCGACGACUACAAAAACGCCGCCGAACAGGUGCUUAUGCUCAAGCUCAACGACGUGCAGCGUCGCGAGAUCGUCCGUGUGCUGGUGCACUGUGUCGGCUCCGAACGCGUCUACAACCCGUACUAUACGCUUGUGGCCCAGGAGGUGUGUCGCAACGACCACGGCAUGCGCAUUACGCUCCAGUACUGUCUCUGGGACUUCCUGCGCGACAUUGGCCAAUCCGAAGUCGGCGGUGAGAAGUUCGCCGCCGCUGGCUUCGCCAACGACGACAAGCAGGUCGAUCCGCGCCGGAUUGCGAAUCUCGCUCGCGCAUAUGCGUGGUGGAUCACCCACGACUGCCUCUCGCUCCAAGCGCUCAAAACGGUCGACUUUACCCAGGUGCAACCAAGACCAGCGCAGUUCCUGGGCAACCUUGUGAUCCACCUAGUGCUGUCGAUCCAGUCCAAGAGUCCCGCCAAGACGCUGCAUCUGCCAACGGUGACAAAGCCACUCCAGCAAGAGAGGUUGGUCAAGCUGCUGCAGGCGAAUCUGCUGGGUGGGAGUGCGGACCUCGCGCGCGGGUUGCUGCUCUUCCUCAGCACCAAUCUCGACGCGCGCAAGCAGAGGCACUUGAUCCUUGGCGACGACAGGGCCGCAAAGACCCAGCUCAAGCCGCUGCUCGAUACCGUCAACCAUGCCGUUCGACUCAUCACACACACCGUCCAGGCGAUUGUUCAGCAGCAAGACACCACAGGCGUCGACGACUCGGACAUUGCUUCUGACGACGACAUGUAG